AUGGGGAAUCAUUCAUCCAACAUCCAAAUCAGUGGCAAUCACCACGGAAACAUCUGUAGGGCCGUUCGCAGCUGUAGAUUCGCCGCCAUCCGUCCUCCCACCAACGUGGAGAAGUUCUCAGUGCAGACCCUGGACACCUGUCUGCUGGACUACCUGUCCACUGUGCGCUCCCUGGAGGACGCCAACGCCGAACUGGAGCUGAAGAUCAGGCAGUGGGUGGACAGCAGUGGAGACUCCGCCUCCAGAGACUACACCACCUGCUUCCAAACCAUUUCCAUCAUCAGGUCCAAGAUCGAGACCGCCAUCAAGGUGUAUGGAUCCAUGGGCAACGCCCAGACGGCUGAUGAACCCCUCAAGAACAAGAGUGAGAAGGAGCCAGCGGUGCUGCAGUCGCUGGAGGCCGACAUCGCCGAACUGAAGAAGAUCCUGGACCAGCUGAUGCAGACCAGAUCUGAUGUGAAGCUGCAGAUCCAGGGUCUGGAGGAGGAGCUGAAGAUCCUCAAGAAGAACAACCAGGAGGUGGACUUCACCAAGGCCAUGGCCCAGAACGCACAACUCCACGACACCAUCUACUCCAAAAACCAGAAGGACCUGGAGGCCUUCCAGGCCAAGACCCAGGUUCUGAAGGACAAGGUGGUGGUCGGCAUCCGGAUCCUGCAGACGUCCGAGUCUGAAGUCACCCAGGUCCAGUCCACUCUGCAGUCUCUGGAGACCCAACUGCAGUCCACGUUGGACACGGAAGUGUUGGAGGGAACUCUGGCUGAAACCCUGAGCCAGUACGGGGGGCAGCUCAGCGGAUACCUGACCCAGGUGACCACUCUGGAGGAGCAGCUGGUCCAGCUCAGGUUGGACCUGGAUCUUCAGGACUACGAGUACAAGAAGCUGCUGGACACCAACAUCCAUCUGGAGUCGGAGGUCGCUGAGUACAAAAGGCUUCAGGGCUGAAACAGCGUCUGCAGCUCCACGAAGACCCAGGAGGAGGUGGUCUAUGGGUAGGUGGUCUCCUCCACCACCUCCACGCCCACUACCGGCACCGACGGCG